CCGGCAGCCUGAGAGGCAGGAGGGGACCCUGGCGGAGUGAGAAGAAGCCCAGACCGCCUCCGGGCGCCGUCGCCGCCUCCUCCUCCUCCUCCAUCCAGGAUGGGGAUUAAAUUUCUAGAAGUUAUUAAGCCUUUUUGCGCUGUGUUGCCCGAAAUCCAGAAGCCUGAAAGAAAAAUUCAGUUCAGAGAAAAAGUUCUAUGGACAGCUAUCACCCUCUUCAUUUUUUUAGUAUGCUGCCAGAUACCAUUGUUUGGAAUAAUGUCAUCAGAUUCUGCAGACCCUUUUUACUGGAUGAGAGUUAUCCUUGCAUCAAAUAGAGGCACUUUAAUGGAAUUGGGCAUCUCCCCCAUUGUGACAUCUGGCUUGAUUAUGCAGCUGCUGGCUGGAGCCAAGAUCAUUGAAGUUGGUGAUACACCAAAAGACAGAGCCUUAUUCAAUGGAGCUCAAAAGUUGUUUGGAAUGAUUAUCACUAUUGGACAAGCAAUUGUGUAUGUAAUGACUGGAAUGUACGGAGAUCCUGCAGAAAUGGGAGCAGGAAUCUGUCUUCUGAUCAUAAUCCAGUUAUUUGUUGCUGGCUUGAUAGUGUUGUUGCUAGAUGAGUUGCUACAAAAAGGUUAUGGCUUGGGUUCCGGGAUUUCUCUCUUUAUUGCUACAAACAUCUGUGAAACCAUUGUCUGGAAGGCCUUUAGCCCUACUACCAUUAACACUGGCCGAGGAACUGAGUUUGAGGGAGCAGUCAUUGCUCUGUUCCAUCUUUUGGCUACACGAACGGACAAAAUCCGGGCUUUGCGCGAAGCUUUCUACCGUCAGAACUUACCUAACCUCAUGAAUUUGAUUGCUACAGUAUUCGUAUUUGCUGUGGUGAUAUAUUUUCAGGGAUUUCGUGUUGAUCUCCCCAUCAAGUCUGCUCGGUACCGUGGACAAUACAGCAGUUAUCCUAUCAAACUCUUCUAUACCUCCAACAUACCCAUUAUUCUUCAGUCUGCCUUAGUCUCCAACCUUUAUGUCAUUUCUCAGAUGUUGUCUGUACGGUUUAGUGGCAACUUCUUGGUAAACCUACUUGGGCAGUGGGCAGAUGUUAGUGGUGGUGGUCCAGCCCGUUCCUACCCUGUUGGAGGCCUCUGUUAUUAUCUUUCCCCCCCAGAAUCUAUGGGUGCUAUCUUUGAAGAUCCAGUCCAUGUGAUUGUUUAUAUUAUAUUUAUGUUGGGGUCCUGUGCGUUUUUCUCCAAGACGUGGAUUGAGGUGUCUGGAUCAUCAGCAAAAGAUGUUGCCAAGCAACUGAAAGAACAGCAAAUGGUGAUGAGAGGCCACCGAGAUACAUCCAUGGUUCAUGAGUUAAACAGGUACAUCCCAACAGCAGCUGCAUUUGGAGGUUUGUGCAUUGGUGCCCUCUCCGUCUUAGCUGACUUCCUCGGAGCCAUUGGCUCAGGCACUGGGAUUCUGCUUGCCGUCACUAUUAUUUAUCAAUAUUUUGAAAUAUUUGUCAAAGAACAGGCAGAGGUUGGAGGAGUUGGUGCUUUAUUUUUCUAAAUGUCCAAAUAUUAUGUGGUUUGUGAAAAAGGGAACUACAUUUUGACACCAUGCAACCUUUUAGUCCAAUGAUGCCAUUUUUUUUCUUUAUAAAAGUGCUACAUGCCCCAUUUUUCAUAAUGGGCAUCACACAAUGCCUACAUGCAGCUUCUGUACCAGCUGCCUUAAGAAUCAAAGUUUACAUUGUCUUAGUUUUAAAAAAUAGAAAAAUCUUAUCUAGUGCUGCCUGUAAUGCUGGAAACCAAUGCAUCCACCUUCCUCAUGAAACACUGCAGUGGAAAUGGUUAAAUGAUGCCUAUGUUGUUACCAAUCAGAACUUUGCACACUGUACAGUGAUAUUUAAAUAUACCUACAUACAGUGGCAAGAGAAAGCCACCACAAAGGGGUUCUUAGUUGCCCCAUGGAUGAAUCCUUAAGCUCAUUUCAAAGAAGUACACAAGUUUCCCCUCUGAACUCUGUAUUUUAAAAGAAUUACUUUUAUAUGUUUAAAAAAAGAAAGAUAUAGAAUCAUCCCUGUCCUUCAGUUUUCUGAUGAAUGUUUGGUAUCUAGUGCCUUUGUGGUGUUACCUUGGCUUCAAAUCCAGGCUUUGAAGCCAAGAGACAGGGAAAGCAUAUUAGCCAACUUACAUGCCAACUUGAUAUACAGAAGCCCAUGGUAAGGGGAGGGCUAGGUAUCCCUAUUCAAGAUCUCUUCUAUCCUAUGGCAUCCAACUAAGUACUGUCUUGUCUUAUUAUAGGCAGUGAGUCUCACUGCAACCCAUGCUCUUUUUUAGCCCAUGUGCUGCUGUGACUUCACCUCCACUAUUUUCCUCUGAAUUAGAUAAAGCCAAGGUGUAGGUCUUAAAGCAGCAUCAUUUGUAAAAGAGGAGAGAAAUGAGCAAGUCAUACUGGAGAACAACAGUGCUAUCCUGUCAUGCUUUUUGACAGCAAUGUUACAAGUGUAAACAUUAGACAAUAAACUUAUUUAAUUAAAA